AUGAUCAUUAAGUAUGGAUUUUCAUCACUAAAGUCCAUAAAGGCCAACAUACUCCAUGUUUACAAAGAAGAGAAGGAAAAACUUCAUGGAUAUCUCAAUCAACUGUCCUGUCAUUUCCAUUUGAAAUUUGAGUUGUGUGAUAUGGAGUCCAUUUUGAUCGUGCUCUACUUUAUUGAUGAUAAUUGGGUAUUGAAACAAAAGAUUAUUGAUUUCGCAUACGAAAGGUGUGAAAGGGAGUCCUCAGAUGUUCUUAAAGGUCUACUUGUGGAUCUAAAUGUUGACAAGAAUAUAUGCUCUACGGUCACAGGUAUUUGUGAAAACAAUUUGGAUCUCUAUUUCAUUAACUUAUGGAUCGGUGAACGAGCUGUACUUCCUUUCAAUGGGCAUUUGUUACCCAUUGAUUGGCUAGUAAAUAAGCUUAAACGGAACGUUCAGAAUGGACCAAAUUGGAUGGCAGGCUUGCUUAGUGAAAUAAAGAAGUUGUUUAACUACGUCCGUGAGACAUUAUCAAAUGAAAAUAAUUUCCGAGUUGCGGUAAAUAAAGCCAAGUCCAUGGGCAAGAGAGUGACUUCUCAAGGCCUUCCUAAGAAGUCGAUUUUCGAUGAAUUAGAGUUGCUUGAGAGUGCAUUGGGGUUUAAAGAAGCAUUUUGUGAGCUUGAACAGAUAGAUCCUGAUUUCAAGUUAAUAAAUUUAACAGAUGAGCUAUGGUAUAAGGCAAACGUGGCAUAUGAGUGUGCAAAUGAGUUAAAAGAUGUUGCUGAUAACUUUUGGAGGAGCAAAUAUACUACUGCAAAUGUAUAUUUCCCCAAGGUUUGUGACAUAUAUAUGAAGUUGCUUCAAUGGGAAGGAAGUGACAAUUAUUAUGUUUGCGAAAUUGCAUCAUCCAUCAGAGAGAAAUAUUUUGACAAAUAUUGGAGUAAAUGUAACUUGGUUCUAGUAAUUGCAGUGAUUCUUGAUCCACGAUUCAAGACGGACAUUGUAGUUGGUUGGUACAUGGAACUCUAUGGCAGGGAUGCCAAUACUCGUCUCAAGAAAAUUAUGAUUGAAGUCACUAAUGUUUACAAUGAAUACGCCAAAGUUCCAAGGAUGCUAGACACCCUGGGGAGGCCUUCUCCAUCUUCAAAUUCAGAACUAGAUCUCUACUUAAAUGAGGCUAAAAUUCCUGCAGUUGAAGAGUUUGAUAUAUUAGCUUGGUGGCGCACCAACUCUCCAAAAUAUCCAGCACUUGCAAGAAUGGCACGAGAUUUCUUGGCUAUUCCUAUAUCUACUCCUUGUUUUACUUCAAAUACUUGCCAUUUGGGUUCUGAGCUUUCUAAUAUUUCUAAUUGUGAUGGCCUGGAUGUUGACUUGAAAAAGGCUUUGGUAUGUACAAAAAGCUGGCUGUAA